AUGGCUGGCAUGUUGGAAUCAGAUCGCGCACGGUCGAGGAGAGAGAGGACCUUUGUAGGCGGAGAAUGCGCGGCCUGUGAGGAGCUGUUGGAACAUACACUGAGAGGGGAGAGGAUCUUGCAAUUCUCCUGUGGCCAUGUAGCACACGAGGCCUGCUUCUAUGAAUACAUCAAAGAUUCGGACGCUCAAUACUGCCCGGUAUGCGACGCUCCUUUGGGCCUGGAUUCCUUCCGUGGGGGAAGCAUUCUGGAUCUCAGCAAGCUGAGCAACAUGGUACGAGCGGUUGCGCAGAAGGAUGUCACCUCCCCAAGAAGUUCACAGAACACCCCGAUGCCAUGGGAUCGACAAACAACCCAAGGCCAAGAGGAUAGCUUCAGUACUCGUGAUUUGGCCAGUCGAGAGAUGUCUACUCGAAAUAGUCGAGAAAACCCCAAUCGAGACAGCCGAGAUAGUCAGAGGAUGCGGAUUGAGCGCUUAGGAAUUGGACAAGCGGCCGCCAACGGCCAAAGGGGUCCGCUUCAAGCACCAUCUACCAUGACCAAGAAUACCAGCCAUACGCGUAAUGACAGCGGCGGCAACAACUCAUCGACUGACGACGCCAACGAUCAUCUAAGUCACUCACGCAAGCAUGAUUACGAUCUUCAUGCAAUGGAAACAACCGUAUCAGGCUCGCAGCUGAAGGACGCAAAACAGACGAUACCGUCGCCAAUUGUCACCGUGCGCAGCGAAUACCCUACGUUGACCAGGUCAAGACAACAACAGAGUCUCACGUGUCUUGUGACGAUUGAGGUACCUGAGCUUAAAUGGCUACCACAACUUGAAGAGGUACAAACACCGCCUGUUCCUCCUCUUCCCACAGACUCUGGAAUCAGCAUGCCGGGCAGGCAACGACCUGAGCUUACACCUGACCACCUUGCCUAUGAAACCCCCGAAGUUCUAGAGGAGAAAACUGAAGAACUCCGGAUCCGCGUUGAUAACUGGCAUGGACUGGAAUUUCAGCGAUUUGGAAAUCUUCGUCUGCAUGGAACGGUGCGGGUUGGAAAGGAUCGGCAUUCCUGGCAGGAGCUCGAAUGCUAUUUAUUUGGGGAGAUGUUGAUCUGUGUCAAAGAGAAGAAAAAUUCUCAUCCACCAGUAAUCCUCGAAUCCGGACGGAAGUUGACACGGUGCACCCUCAAAGGAUCCAUCUUGAUCAAGAGGCAUCUGAGGCAGGUGCAUGCGUCUCUCGACGAGAACAUUCUUACUUUGAAUCUCUCAGUGGCGGAACUACCAACUUUCCACCUGCUCUUCCAAGAGAGAGAGAAGCUCGAAUUGUGGCAGAAGGCUCUACGGGAUCUCAACUCGUCAGACAGCUUGUCAAACUACCCACAAGACUAUGAGCAAGAUACUUCCGGUACCGAUGACGAUGAAUAUGGCCGACAAAAUCGGACGGUCCGGCGAGUACCCUCUAUGACAUCGUCAUAUGGAGGACCAAAGUCUGCCACGACAGCGGCUACGGAGUACUCGAUGCAACGAGCAGUUGUGGAUCGCAAGAUUCCUCCUUCACUGCACGUUCCUAUCGAUGUCGUAGUCGUGAUACCGGUGUCUUCUUCGAUGCAAGGUCUAAAGAUAUCUCUUCUCAAAGAUACCCUGCGGUUCUUGGUUUCCAAUCUAGGCGACCGCGAUCGUAUGGGUUUGGUUACUUUUGGUUCAAGUGGCGGCGGCGUUCCCGUGGUUGGGAUGACCACGAAGACCUGGCAAGGUUGGAACAAAGUUCUCAAUUCGAUACGUCCAGUCGGUCAGAAGAGUCUGAGAGCUGAUGUGGUGGAAGGCGCAAAUGUUGCCAUGGAUCUUCUGAUGGCACGGAAAGCUGCGAAUCCGAUUUCAACCAUCUUAUUGAUCAGUGACUCUACAAGCUCGGACAGUGACAGUGUCGAUUUUGUGGUGCAGAGGGCGGAAGCGGCCAAGGUCGGCAUCUUCUCGUUUGGUCUAGGUCUCACCCACAAGCCCGAGAACAUGAUCGAGCUCUCCACUCGGACAAAGGCAUCAUAUCUUUAUGUCAAAGACUGGAUGAUGCUGCGUGAAUGUGCUGCUGGCGUCCUCGGUGCACUUCAGUCCAUGUCGCACCAGAACGUCAAGCUAAAGCUCAAAUUACCGGAAGGAUCCCCAGGCAAGUUUGUGAAGAUCAAUGGUGCUCUGCAAACGACGAAGAGAUCCACGGGAAGGGAUGCCGAAGCCACAUUGGGAGAUCUCCAUUUCGGCGACAAACGGGACAUCCUGGUACAGUUGGCCAUCGACCCUGACAUCUCAUCACAAGAGCCCGCACCGCAAGAUCCGUGGGAAUCCAUUGUGUCUGGACUCGAAGCUCUAGGAGGCUCGCUGGACACAGAAGAUCAAAGAGUACAAAGUGUCGAAGAGGUACCUCUCCUGCAGGCCGACCUCUCGUAUGGUGAUCUAUUGAAAGAUGGCUCGAUUAUGCAGCUGCCACGCCCGUCACUGCUUGCGAUCACCAUGUUGCCUGCGCACCCACAAUCCCGUUCGAGUAGUGGUCGACCUUCCUCUCCUCCAAUCCCCCCCCACCCGAUGAUAGUACAGCGACGCAUGGAGCUGCUCACGUCCGAUAUGCUCAGCCGCGCGCUGACGCUGGUAGCACGGGGUCAACAUGAACGGGCACAUCAUCUGCUCAACGAGACGAGAACGAUACUCAAGGGACUAGGCAAAGGCGGUCUCCCGCCACUACCGCCUGGCCCUCCCGCAAUGAACAAGCGACACUCGCCACCAGCGAAGGCGUCGAGCCCAAGAAGCGAGACCUCUGUAAGUAUGGGCGUCCGGGACCAAAGUCCUCACUCAGACUCGAGUACACCCAUUCCUCGCACGACAGGGGUAGACCUCGCCACGAUGAAUGCCCUGGACGCGGACAUCGAAACCAGCCUGGAAUGGAUCAAUCACCCCGCAGUAUUCUCUCGCGAUUCUCGCAAAGCUGUCCUUCAGGCCAUUGGAGUCAUAUCCUCUCAACGCGCCUACACGUUCCGGUCCGCCUCGGAGUCAAUCUGGGCUGAGCGUCUCCCGGGAGUCAAACGACUGACCGACCAGUCCAGGGAAUGGCGAGAAGUGGGAGACGAUGCUCUGACCGAAGAAUAA